AUGCUCACAUUAUGUAUCGGCACUUACCUUGGGCUUGCCUUGUUAGAGGGAUACGAAGCUUAUGCCUCGCUUGGUAGAAUUGAAGAAUUUCUCCUUUUGAAAAAUUUGCGAGUCAUUUCAAGCGAUCGCUCAAGCCAAAAAGAAACAGAAAUUGAAGCUGAAAACCCAUCUGAGAUGAAGAGGAAUUCAUUAGAUUGCCAGAAAAAACAGAGAGGUCUUUCCACAGCUGAUGAAUUACAAGAUCAAACGUCAUUACGUGUGAGAAGUUUGGCGUACAAGCAAGCGGAGCGACAAGACUCCUAUACUUCAAGAUAUCGAGUUUUGCACUCUGGUUAG